AUGAUCAUCUGUAAAUUCUGUCAAGCUACGGUCCUUGAGUCUGGGAAGAACUGGGACUAUCACCACCAGGACUCAGACUCAUUUGAGGACUCACUUCACUCUCGGUGUGUCUUUUGCACGAGGCUGGCUGAAGGCCUCGAUAAGAUCAGCCCUUGGUUUGAUCAUGACCUCAAUGUCAAAGCUCUCUAUCGUUGGAAUAUCCGGCAGGCUGCUCAGAUCCGUGAGACGAAGAGCCACGUCUCCAUCACAUUCCGACCUGUCCCCAGCCGCACUUGUGGGAAGCUGAAGAGCGACGACCUACCAGAAGUCACGUUUUAUCUCUUCCCCGAAGAAGACCUGGGCGACAUUCCCGAACAUCACGACCUAGGAAAUCGAACUGACUCAGAAGCAUCAAGAGCGCAAAUGAUAAACUGGAUGCAAGACUGUAUCACCAACCACCCAAAAUGCAUCCGAAGCCACAGCAUCAAAUCCUUCGUUCCCACCCGCGUCCUCGACGUCGGUCCCCCAGAUACCAACACCGGCGACGCGACGGAAACCCCAUCCUCUCACAUCCGCGUAGUCGACACCACAAAAGAACACAUCACCGGCCCUUACAUGACCCUCUCCCACUGCUGGGGUACCGGUAGCUUCAUCCGCCUCACUGAAACCAACGUCAACGAAUAUACCACCAAUGGCAUCCCCUGGACAGAACUCCAAGCCAGCAACGCCAACUUUGCUGACGCAGUACGCGUCGUUCGCACGCUUGGGAUGCGGUAUAUCUGGAUCGAUUCGCUGUGUAUCAUCCAGGGCCAGGAGCAUUUGCAGGACUGGAGUCAUGAGGCGCCGCUUAUGCAUAAAGUCUACCGCAAUUCGUGGUGUAACAUCGCGGCGGCGGACUCAAGAGACCACACGUGCGGGUUAUUCCGGGAGAGAGCGGCGGAGGUGGUACCUGUGAGGUACGAGAGCGAGCAGCCUUCUGUGACGUUUGGUGAUAAGGGAUGGAGGAUUUUCCCCGCGGACCUAUGGGAUCGGGACUUAUUGGGGAGUCACCUUUACACUCGCGGCUGGGUGUUCCAAGAACGAAUGCUCUCACCCCGCCUCCUCCAAUUCACAAAUACCCAACUCUUCUGGGACUGCGCAACGAUCACUGCCACCGAAUCAGUCCCUGCCGGCCUCCCAUCGCCCCUUGACACCAAAUCCGCUACCGACAGACACUGGCGCGAACGUCUGCAAUCCUCGGCUCUCUCCGUACGGGGCACAGGCGAGGACUCGCUCGAAGAGUUUUGGAAGAGCGCCGUGGCGGCGUACACGAGCUGCAAUCUCACAUUUGCAAAGGAUAAACUUGCAGCGCUGUGGGGUAUCGCGAAAUUACUGAGGGAUGCGCUGGGCGAGGAGUAUGCUGCGGGAUUGUGGGGGAUCAAUCUCGCUGAGCAACUUGCUUGGAGGGUCUUUGAUCGUAGUAAAUCAAAGCUUUAUGGUGAGGAUGAGAAGGUCGUUGUCCGUGGUGGCAAGGAAAUUGGGAAUCCGAGUUGGUCGUGGACUUCAUUGAAGGGGAGGAUUGAGGUUGCGCCGAGGGUUCCUAGGCUGGAUAGAUUCUACACUGCGUGCGAUCAUGGGGGUGGGAACGCAAAGUUUCAGGUCAAGAAGCCUCUUUUUGGGCGGUUUGAAGGGGAGCAUUCGACCGUGUGGCGGGAUGAGGUUGUGAACAUGACGAGGAAGCUGAACCGGGUUUCGGAGAGAGUGUUGGAGAAGGCUCGGAUGAGUGUUACUACGAUUACUCCCAUCGUUGAGGAUAUCGCAGAGGAAGAAGUCGAAAAGGACGGGACGCCAAAGACGGCAUCGCAAGGCGCAGUCACGCAGGCGGAAACGAAGAGGGAGUUCGCCAUGGACAAGCCCACAGAGCUCCUCUCCACAUCCCUCCGUCUCCAAGCCCACAUUUGCCGCGGCACGCUCGAGGCAUCCGAAGACAGCCACUGGACUUUCACAUUCCCGGAUCUAAACCAGAGUGACGCGCUCAUCGAAGCCUAUCCCGAUGUCCAACCUCUGCAGGACACCGCACCGUGCGAGAUGCUCUUGCUUGCUGCGACAAAGGAGAUGAAGAAUGUCUGGGGUUGGCCGGUGUAUGAUAAUGGGUAUCUUGAAGACGAGGAUAUUGCUGACGUGCGUUAUUCCGGGACGGGAAUUCUUGUGGAGAGAGUUGGUGAAAGGCGGUACAAGAGAAUUGGCGCUGUUGUGUUUCGGCAGGUUGAAAGGGAGAGUUGGGCUUGUUUUCGGCGGGGUUGUGGGAAUGGUGAUGAGAUGCUUGAAGAUGAGCUUCAAGUUGAGGACGGGGAGAAGAUUUGGCUUGAGUGA